AACCUUCACGAAAGCUGUCCACAAGAAACGCUAGCUCAACCGUACUCGUACUACUUUCAAUCCACACCUCCCCCUUCGCCGAACCUCCACGAAAACAAACAAACGACUCAAACCCACCAUCACCGCAACACAGAGCGGUCCACUAUCUAGAGGAAGUAUAACAAAAGCAUGAAGUGGAGCUUUUGCUCAAUAUUCACUACUUUAGCGCUGGUGCGCGAGGGAUUGGGGGAGAGUCCUGCGGAUAAUGAUGUCAAGACAGUGCCGUUGAGGACCCAUAGUUUGUUCCAGGUAUGCUCCCAUCUCUAGAGGGAAAGGGUGAGGAGUGGGGCUGAUCAGGAGAUGGUGAGGGGGGCAGCCGUACUUGGACACGGAGUUGCAGAGUCGGUGGUUUGAUUGGGGGGGUGAUACUAUUAUUCGGGCAGACCAGUUGAGUUUUCCCCUUCUCCGCCCGGGGGAGGGGAUCUGGUACUAAUACUACUGGUGGGUGGGAUAGGUACAUCCGCCUAACCUCAGAUAGACAGCAGCAGGCCGGAUGGCUGUGGUCGAGGCUGCCGCUCACGGCCACGAAUUGGGAGGUAAGAAAUUCUUCCGCCCACCGCCACCACCGCCGCCCGUCUUAAGGGGAGGAGCGUGUUAACGGGAUUGUGGGGAGGGUUUGUAGAUCGAAGUCGAGUUCAAGAUUCAUGGACAAGGAAAUCUUUACGGUGACGGGAUGGCUAUGUGGGUUACCAAACAGAGGGCUGUGCAGGGUCCUGUGUUUGGAGCUGCAGACAAAUUCGAGGGGCUCGGAGUAUUUUUUGAUACUUAUAAGAACAAUCGCCCCGGGGUUAUCUUUCCGUACGUUAUGGCUAUGCUUGGUAGGUUUGCUAUACGACAAUGCGGGUGGGACCCGGGGGUUUUCUGACAGCGGAUGUAGGGGAUGGGCAGACCGUGUACCAGCACGGAAAUGAUGGGAAGGAGAACGAACUGGCUGGGUGUUCGGUUGGUUCUUGAAUCCUAUGCCGGGUUGCCGACGGCAUACUGACCAGACCCGAUGAGCGCAGGCUAGGGGGAUCAGAGGCGCACCAAUCACUACAAAGGCCCGAUUAACCUACUUUCAGGAAAACUACCUCCAACUCGAUCUCCAAUACAAGAACGAAGAUAAAUGGAUCCUCUGCUUCAAUGUCCCCAACGUCACACUCCCACAGAUCACAUACCUCGGUUUUACGGCGGAGACAGGUGAACUCAGCGGUAAUGUCCCAUCCUUCCUCCCCUCGGCGAUAUGGUCUGCUAAUGUGCACCCAGACAACCACGACAUCAUAACCGUGUCCUCAAAGAACCUGUACCAGGUUAACACUGGCAGCAGCGGCAGCAGUGGCAGCAGCAGCAAGCGCCCCGACAAGGCCGGUAAGGCGGCUACGUGGAAGCCAAGCGAUGGGGGAGGAAGUGAGAUUGAGUCUAGCGCUGGAUGGGGUUGGUUCUUUUUGAAGAUGAUCAUUUUCAUAGUUGUGAUCAUUGGUGGAUAUGUGGGGUACACGGCAUACAGGGCACAGACUAGGGGCUCGCGGUUUUAG